AUAGUCAAAUUGUCUCCCGCAAGUGACAUUCUCAUCUCAUCGCGAGUUGAUGACGGGGCAAGUUCCGGAAAUCUCUCUCACAGCAAGUACUCACACAAGGAAAAAAAAAGAGCCUAUUCACAUCCAUAUCACAAUAGCCCGUCGUCAUGGUCUUGACGGUCCUCACAGACGACCAGAUCAAGACGAUCCUGGCCGAUCUGACGGCCGACGAGUUUGACGGGUUCAGAAAGGUCAUCUCGACCGCGCUACACGAGUACUCGACCAACACGCACAACAUUGAAGAUGGCACAUAUCACCAACCGGAGCGCGUCUCAACAGAGAACCUCAAGACAGGCGCGACAACCCUGUACAUGCCCUCCGUCGGUCCCCAAGGCAUGGGCUGCAAAGUCGUGACCCUCAGCUCCAGCAAAGCCUCCCAAGACCCCUCAAAACCCUCCAUCCAACCCACGGGCGCCGUAACCCUCCUCUCCCCAACCGGCGAACCCAUCGGCUUCCUCCACGCAAAGACUCUCACGGCCUUCCGCACCGCCCUCUCCUCGACCUGCCUCCUCGCCCGCCGCACCACCGUCAAAACUCUCACCGUCUUCGGCACAGGCCUCCAGGCCUACUGGCACGUCCGCCUCGCCCUCCUCGUCCGCGGCACCACCAUCAAACACGUAAACGUCAUCAACCGCCGCUUCUCCGACGACGCCCGCGACUUUAUGAAGCAGUUUUACCGCGUGCCCGCGCACAUCAAGGAGCGAGAGGGCUGGGCCGAGACGACGUUUGGGAUUUUGACGCCCGGGUAUGGCGAGUUUAAGAGGUUGCUGAGGGAGCAGAUUCGCGAUGCGGAUGUGGUGUAUUGCUGUACGCCGUCGACGGAGGAGUUGUUUGAGGCGGAGGUGCUGACGAGCCAUGAGGGGCGGAGGAAGGGAAGGCUUAUUGCGGCGAUUGGGAGUUAUACGCCGCAGAUGAGGGAGUUGCCCGAGGGGUUGUUGUUGCAGGCGACCAAGCAUGAGAAGCCGCACUGGCAUUUCCAUAAGCAUGCGCCUGAGGGAGGGGUGAUCAUCGUGGAUACGCUGGACGGGGCGUUGAAGGAGGCUGGGGAGAUCAUCUCUGCUGGGUUGCAGCCUACGCAGCUUGUUGAACUCGGAGAGCUGAUUAUGCUCCGCCGGAUGCAAGACGAAGAGGACGCGGCCUCAGCCUCAGCCGAUAGCGAUGCGGCUAACAUCGCGGCCUCGGAGCUCGAGAAGCUUGACUUUUCGGGCACACCAUCGAUCAAGUCCGCCUUUUCGGGGUCCGACGGUGCAUCUGUAUCGGAGCCGCGGACGUCUAUUAGUAAAGACUCGACAAAGACGUCAGGUAGCGGCAGCAGUAACAGCAAGGGGCCGAGCAUGCUUCGCCGGAGCUCGAGUCAGAGGUCGGCGGACAAGCGUAAGAAGGAGGACGCGCUGGUGAAGUGGCUUAAGGACGGGACCGUCAUCUAUAAGAGCGUUGGGCUUGGGCUCAUGGAUUUGUCGGUUGGGAUGCACAUGAUUCAGCUUGCCAAGGAAAAGGGUAUUGGGACGCAGAUUGAGGGAUUCUGAAAGGAUUGGGAAUGGGGCUGGGGUAUAGAUGGAGUAUAACAGGUUGAGACUGCGAUCUUGAAAAGGGGGGAUACGU